AUGGCUGAUUCCCAUAACAUUCUUCUCAUCUUCACAUUUGUUAUCUUCCUCACUACUUUCACAUCCACAACAAAUUCAUGGGAUGACCCUUUUUUCCUAUACCAAUAUUGCUCAAGUAACAGAACAUCAGCCAAUACUUCCUUCCAAAUCAACCUCACCACUCUUCUCUCUUCCUUAUCAUCCAUUGCAACAACCAAAACCAACACACAAUUCUACAACACAACAUUCAACGGAAACAACCCUUCUGACACAAUCUAUGGCAUGUACUUAUGCAGAGAUGAUGUUCCUUCUCAACUCUGUCAACAAUGUAUAGUAAAUGCAACACAAAGACUUACCUCACAGUGUUCUUUGUCUAAAGAAGGUAUUGUUUGGUAUAAUGAAUGCAUGGUUUGGUAUUCCACAACCUUUAUCUUCUCAACUGUGGCAAGAACAACACCUAGUUUUAACUUGUUCAACACCGACAAAGUCCCCAACACAAAAAGUUUCAUGAGUUUAUUGUUUUCUACGAUGAACAAAACUGCAGAUGAAGCAGCCUUUGGUAAUGGUGUUAAAAAAUUUGCUACAAAUGACAUAACAAUAUCAAAAUUUCAGACCCUUUAUUGCUUAGUUCAAUGCACACCAAAUUUAUCACCACAUGAGUGUAGAAUUUGUGUUAGUGGAUUAAUAGAGCAACUUCCAGGGUGUUGUGAAAAUAGAGUUGGAGGAAGAGUUCUAAAUCCAAGUUGUAAUAUUAGUCUGUUUUAUAAAGCUCAAGUGGCAAAUACAGCUUUCGGACUCUUCAUGUGCCGCGGUGAUGUUCCAUUUUCCUUCUGUGAGCUAUGUGUGAAAAAUGCAACACAAAGAAUAACCAAAGAUUGUAACUUUUUUCAAGAGGGUGUGAUUUGGUAUAGUCAAUGUAUGAUUCGGUAUUCGAAUUGGAAUUUCUUCUCUUUAGUGGACAAAAGUCAUGUGUAUUCUGAGAUAAAUGUUACAAGUGAUUCUAGUCCCAACAAAGAGAGAAACUUGUUCAAUUUUGUAAUAUCAACUACCUUAUCAAAUGUGGCAAUUGUGGCAGGGGAUAGUGAUGGGAAGUUUGGAACAAAAUCAUUAGAAUUGAAUGAUUUACAAACACUUUAUACACUUGGUCAAUGUACACAUGAUUUGUCAAGUGAUGAUUGCAAGGGUUGUUUGGGAGAUAUUAUUGGAAAUGGAAUUCCUUGGCCUUAUUUGGGAAGUGUUGGGGGAAGAGUUUUAUAUCCUAGCUGCAAUUUGAGGUUUGAAUUGUUCCAAUUUUAUAUGGACAAUGACAAUGUUACCAAACCAAAAAUUGCUCAUUCUUCAUCAGGGAAAAGAACAAACCGGCCACGAACAAUUGCUUUGAUUGUUUUGCUCUCAGUUGUUCCAGUGAUACUCUUCUGUGUUGGAUUCUAUUUGAUAAAGAGAAAAACAAAAAGGAGUUUUAGGUCUAUUCUCAAUGAAAACUUUGGUGAUGAAAGUGCAAUUUUAGAGCCAUUGCAAUAUGGCUUAGAUGUAAUUGAAGCAGCAACUAACAACUUUGCAAAUGAAAAUUUCAUUGGUAAAGGUGGAUUUGGAGAAGUUUACAAGGGCACACUUUUUGAUGGGCGACAAAUAGCCGUAAAGAGACUCUCAAAAAGUUCAACGCAAGGUGGAAAAGAGUUCAAGAAUGAAGUUUUGUUGAUCGCCAAGCUUCAACAUAGAAAUUUAGUCACAUUCAUCGGUUUUUGCCUCCAAGAACAAGAGAAAAUACUUAUUUAUGAAUAUGUGCCGAACAAGGGCCUUGAUCACUUCUUGUUUGACGUUCGACAAAGAAAGUUCUUAAGUUGGCCCGAACGUUACAACAUUAUAAGAGGAAUUGCUCAAGGAAUUAUCUACUUACAUGUACAUUCUCGACUCAAAGUUAUUCAUCGUGACCUGAAACCUAGUAAUAUUUUACUAGACGAAAAUAUGACUCCAAAAAUAUCAGACUUUGGCCUUGCUAGAAUUUUUGAACUAAACCAAGACGAAGCGAGUACAAAUAGGAUCGUUGGAACAUUAGGUUACAUGUCUCCGGAAUAUGCAAUGCUCGGACAAUUUUCUGAUAAAUCUGAUGUUUAUAGUUUCGGAGUCAUGGUUUUAGAAAUUAUGACAGGAAAGAAGAAUGUAAGGUCUUAUGAAUCAAUUGUUGGUGAUAGUCUCCUUAGUUAUGUUUGGAGACAAUGGAGAGAUGAAACACCAUUCAACAUAUUAGACCCAAACAUUAAAGGAACUUAUUCUGAAAGUGAAGUAAAAAAGUGUAUUCAGAUUGGUUUAUUGUGUGCUCAGCAGUUCCCAGAUGCAAGACCAACAAUUGCAACAGUAGUUUCAUAUCUUAACAACGACUUCAUUGAAUUACCAGCUCCCCAAGAACCUGCAUUUUUGUCCCAUGGUCAAAAGAAUGCAAAAGGCAUUCCACAAGAAUCAAGUUCUACUCAGUCUAUUAGUACAUCCACAGCUUUGACGAUCAAUGAUUUGUCUAUAACCGAAUUGAUUCCUCGAUAA